AUGGAAGUAGGAAAAAAAUAUCACAUUCCAGUAUCAACGCUUUAUGCACGGUUAUCGAAUCGUCGAGGUGGUGGAAAACCUGGUGCUAAAACGAUUUUAUCAUUUGAAGAAGAAAAACUCCUGAUUCAUGUUGUGCAGAAGUAUCAAGAAUGGCAACAACCAUUAACCCGAUUAGAUCUCAUUUCAAUUUCGCGUGAUUUUAUGUUAGAACUUAAUAAAAGUAAUAUUCACAAAAAUUCUUCUUUACGCGAUUGGUUUGAUGGUUUUCGCCAACGGUGGAAGAAUGAGAUCAAACUUGUUGAAGCAUAUAAACUCGAAAAAGUACGAUCAGUUUCUUGCACUCAGUUAGUUGUUGAUCGUUGGUUUGAUCAUCUGGAACGUGUGUUGGCGAAAUUGCAGUUGUUCAAUUCACCUGAUGCAAUAUAUAAUGUAGCCGAGUCUGCUUUUGGUGAUGAUCCUGGUCGCAAGCAAGUAAUUAUCAAGAGAGAUUCGAAAUAUGCUACAUGCUCACAAGGUGGUUCAGGAAAAAGUUACACAACUUUGAUCAUGUGUACAUCUGCAGCGGGAAAAUUUCUACCUCCUUACAUAAUAUAUCGUGCUCAAAAAUUAUUUGACCUGUGGAUGCCAAGAAACAGUUAUCCUGGUUCUCGUUUUAAUGCCACUACUUCCGGGUGGAGCGAGGAAACCGUCUUCUUCGAUUGGUUACAAUUACAUUUCGUACCAAACGUUAAAUCAGUUAAAAAACCGAUUUUAUUGAUUAUGGAUGGACAUCGAUCACAUUUAUCAAGUCGAAUAAUCAAAUUUGCGAUGGAUAAUGGCAUUCAUAUCGAGUGUUUGCUUCCUCACGGCACAACGAUAUUACAACCAUUGGACGUUGUAACUCUGUCUNAUAAGAUAGUGUAA